GGUGAAGCAUUUCCCCUGAGGGCUGGCAACCCGGAGCAGGAGCAGGAGCAGGAGCACCGCAGCUGAUUCAGUUUCACAGACCUGCACAGGAGCUACUACUCACAGCCAACUCAACAGUUGCACGCAGAAGGCAAAUGUCUUUGAGGAACGAAUCAUUGAAAACCUUCGUACCCAUCUUUCUUCUUCUGAAGGCCUGCCAAAAAGUCCACCAACAACGACAAGUUGACUCUGGAGUACCCUCCACUCACCACCAAGGGAUAUUUGAAUUCUGUGAGCGUCUGCAUUAACUAAAGUAGGCCUCGGGUGAAUCCUGCAAAUACCCCUUUUUAUCAUCAUUGCUUAAACUUCACUGCCACCAUAUUCUCACUAUGGAUUUUCAAAGACGUGCCCCUCUGUUGGAUCCAAGUCUCCACAGUCAAGGCCGCUUUGGAUUAGCAGCUCAGAUGGAGCAUCUAACCUGGAGAGGAGUUUGACUCUUUUUUUUCUCUCUGUCUCUCCCCCCCCCGUGGAUCAUUGGCCAACUUUCCCAGAGUUGAUAUGGAUGGCAGGACUGACAGUUGGUUACAAUCCACAGCUUGGAUGAGUAUGGUUUGGAUCUUUCUCUCGCCUUUUUUCCUCGGUACGAUAAGAGUUACCAUCUGAAAGAUGGGAAAGAGACAUUGCAAGUGUUCUAGGGGUUGCUUACUUCUGAAAUCAUGGAGAUAUCCGCCACCUGAUCGUACAACAUAAGUUGUUAGAUUUCAUCAUAGUUUGGACAUUUUUGCUACUUGCUUUUUCUUUUUAAAUGAAAAGAUAUUUUUACAGAUAAACUGCACCAUCUCUUUGUGCUCUCCCACAGGCCCUAACGUAGGCCUGUUUGGCCUUACAGAAGGGCCUCUUUAAUGAGCACAAGGGAGGUGUAUGAGAAAUCUACAAACUGAAACAUCCACAUGGACUAAGAGAAACAAACAAGAAUAGAGAAGCGAAGCCACCGUGACAGUGUGUAGUGUAGUGGCAUGGCAGCAGAUCACGGCGAGUUGCUGGCUGAGAUGGCCACGGUCGGGCGUCUAAGUGCCACUGAACGCCUGAAGCAUGCCCAGAAGCGUCGUGCCCAGCAGCUGAAGUCUUGGGCACAGAUGGAGAAGGAGGCAGGACGAGGGUCAAGGGCCAAAGCAGAUAAAAAGAAGGCACGCACCACCAAAAUUAAGUUCCCUGACACCAUCACCCUGCUAGAUGCAGCUGCACGUAAUGACCUAGAAGAAGUGAGGGAGCUGCUUAACAGUGGCAUCAGCCCAGAUCUGGUCAAUGAGGAUGGAUUGACAGCCCUACAUCAGUGCUGUAUUGAUGACUUUGUGGAGAUAGUGCAGUGCCUGCUGGAUGCUGGUGCCUGUGUGAACGCCUGUGACAGUGAGCUAUGGACACCGCUGCAUGCUGCUGCCACCUGUGGACACACUGGACUAGUGCAGCUCCUGAUUCAGGCUGGGGCUGACCUGCUGGCUGUCAAUGCAGAUGGCAACAUGCCCUAUGACCUCUGUGAGGAUGAGGCCACCCUUGAGCUACUGGAGAUGGUUAUGGCUGAACAGGGGAUAACUCAGGACCGUAUAGAUGAAUGUCGCGGGGCUAAAGAGAUGGCCAUGCUGGCUGACAUUCGGGCUCUGGUUCAGAGCGGAGCAGACUUGAACGCCCAGGAUGAUAAUGGAGCAACACUGCUCCAUAUAGCGUCUGCUAACGGCUACAUGUCUGUGGCGGAACUGUUGCUAGAGCACAGGGCACAGGUGGAAGUGAAGGACUCUGAUGGCUGGACGCCUCUACACGCUGCCUCCUGCUGGGGACAAAUCCAAAUGGUGGAACUGUUGGUGGCCCAUGGAGCCAGUUUAAACACCAAGUCUGUCCUGGAGGAGACGCCUCUGGAUGUGUGUAUGGACGAAGAGGUCAGAGCCAAACUGAUGGACCUGAAGCAUAAACACGAUGCCAUCAUGAAGAACCAGGACCGGCAGAAGGGCACACUGCAAAGACGAGCAUCUAGUACUGGCAGCAGAGGUAAGGUGGUACGUCGUGUCAGUGUGAACGAGCGCUCCAGCCUGUACCGGCGGGAGCACCACAAAGAGGCCAUGGUGUGGCAGGAGCGCGGACGACAGCCAGAGCCACACGACGACGAUGAAGACAGACAAACGGACAAUGAACUAAACCAGCAUGCCACCAUGGUCGCUGGUGGGGGAGCCACAUCACGUCUAGAGGAACUGGAGGCUGCCGACAGGAACAUUGUGUCCAGCCUAGGUAAUGGUGGGACCUCUGUUUCUUUGGCCUCUUCUGUACCCGGAGAGCUGUGGAGUGGUGGAGGUCUCAUGGAGCGCAGCGCCUCCUACCAGCUCAGCCCUGCAUCCGGAGCCGGGUUAGGGCCUGGAUCUGCAGAUGGUGAGGGGGCAGACAGUAUGACACGGGAGAAAUCGCACCAGACCCUGGCUGACCUGAAACGCCAGCGUGCAGCUGCCAAGCUCAAUAAGUACCCAGCGCCUCCACCACCCCUGCCCCCUCCCUUAGAGGAGGAGCCUUCUGUUGCAGCGGCCGAGGCAACAACCACUCAGGCCCAGCCAGAGCUCCAAAUGACCCCCAACACAGAGGAUGUGGCCUCCCCGAGCCAGGUAUACUUCACCCCUGCCAGUGGAGAUCCUCCACUGCUGAAACUCAGAGCCCCCGAGGAGGAUCAGUCUAACAAUAAGGAGCCUUGCUGUGGACUCAUGUAGACAGCCUGACACACACACACACACACACACACACACACACACCGUCUACAGAGUAGAGGAGCUGGGCAUGUUAUACUCCAAAGUGGCAAAAACGUUUCAAAACAGACAUGCUUGAAAUUAUUGAAGACUCUAAGUUAAGGCCACAUGCCAAUGAGGGUUUGAUCUACACUGAAUUUCUAUUUACCCGUAACCAUUUCCUGAUCAACAAGAUACACACUUUACACUAUUGGUCCUAGCAUUUCCUAUUGCUCCCUCUUAUUUAGGGGCUGCACAUCAGGUGUCUAUUCAGUGACUCAGACGAGAACUACAGAUUCCAGUGUUUCAAUCACAAGCAAAUAUUUACUUUACUUAGUCUUUGUUCAUUACUUUACUCCUCUCUUACCGCACUACUCAACUACUUUAGAUUGACAUUUCAUUGAAAAGCCUUAGAAUCAUGUAAAAGCUGAAUGAAAUUGAAUUGAAAGAUGAUUUGUUUUAAAUUAAGAAUGAGAUUAAAGUUAUGUUUUCUUUACUGAGUGCUAUGAAGGGUAGGUGAUUUGCAUAGAUUUACAUCAUAAGCAAGAGUUUAUUUUGUUGUUGGGAGAUUGCCUGGUCCUAACAGUUUCAGUAUACAGUAUUGCUAUUCUGAAUUUACAUUCACACAAACAUGGACUGUUUCCUUGCUUGAUUUUUUUUUUUUUUCUUGGACUGAAAAUAUACUGAAGUUGUCUUUUGUUUCUUUUCCAGUGCACAACUAGCCUACAUUUCAAUAUUUGUAAUGCUGCAAUUUGUAAAUUAAGUUUUGUCUCUAAAAUCAUGUGAGCUAAUCCAUAUUUAAAUCAGUCCAACAUUAUCACUUCUAGAAUUCUAUUUUUCUGUCAGUAUUUCUAUUUUUCUACCCUCUGAAUGAAAUCACAUUAUUUAUUCUAUCUGAUACUGAAUAUGGCUUAUGAUGUACAGUUCUUGUACUAUUUUUUAAAGAUGAAAGUAUGAAGGCAAGAUAUUUAUAAAAGAGAUGAUAUAUAGUUUUAUUGUCAAACCAAGUAAACUUGUCAUAUGAUUAUUUGUCAAAGGUUGGUGCCUUCUUUAGGUGGCAGAUUUGAUAUAGGUUUGCAAUGCUUGCACAAAAUCCCACAUGCAAGUUUGGUGAGCAGUGGGAUCAAAUGAUCUAUCAAACAUGGACUCCAACUUGAUGUGCUUUCAAUGCACUCUAAUUUCUGUAUUGCAUUUCAGUUUUGUUAGUGAUUUUUACUGAGCCCUGUUUAGAAAAACAAAACAUAAAAACAUGUUUUCACAAA